AUGCGCGUGGGCGGGGUGGAGGUGAUCGUGGACCGAGAGGGGGAGGGCGGCGACGGCGCGUUUUCGAGCGUGGCGUUCGAUUACGCGGGCGGCGCCUCGGUGGACGCGGGCGAGGUCGAAGGGGGGGGUGAAAAGGAUGGUACGAGUGAUGAUGGGUGGGAAUCGAGCGAGGGAUUUUCGAGCGAGAGCGUGGAUGAGGACGUGGCGAUGGAUUACGCGAGCAACGUGAGACGCUCGAGAGGCGAGGUCGGGACGAGCGACGAGGACGAGGACGACGGCGACGAUGAGGACGAUGAGGACGAAGAUAAUAACGAUGAAUCAUUUGAGAGAGAGUUACGGGCGAUCGCGCGUAUGAACGUUGACGGUAUGCCCCCCGAUCCCGAGACGAGCGACGAAGAGGACGAACAUAAGGCGAUGUUCUCCGUGGGCGACGACGAUGAGAUGGACGAUGAGGAGGACGAGGAAGACGACAUGGAUAAAUGGACGCGUGUUAUCGCGGCCUCGAUCGAGGCUGGGGUGUCGUACAUCGGUUUACCUCCGGUAAAGACGUCGAGAGACGGUCCGUCGUUGGAGAGAGCGUUGAGCAUCGCCAGGGCGCACGGGUGCGAUUUGGAGAUUCGCGGAGGAGGUAAGCGAAGACACGCUAUCAUUCACAUGCGGCCUGAAUCGACAAAGAAGCCACGUUUCAACGUCCCUGGGAGCUCGCGCUCGACGAAGACUGCGAAGAGGCAGCUUCCGUUGAAAAAGUCACGUCGACCGAAACCGGCGAUGCAGUUCGUCUUUGGGGGCGUGUCUAAAGACUCGGACGUCGUCGUCAAUUACGAGGAAGAGGAUGAUCCUCGUAAGGGUAGUAAGGUCGAGGCACUCUUGAAUGAGGAGCCCGUGGUGUACCCGAACCGCGGUGCGCGCCGCGCCGCGGAGCACGAACAACGCGAGCGAGAAAAGUUGGAGCGCGCGCGAACCAAGAAGAAGGGCGUCGUUGUAGGUGCCGGUCACGAGUACGGUGCGUUCGAAAAACACACCACCGGUUUUGGAAGUCGCAUGCUUGCUAAAAUGGGAUUUCAAGGUCAAGGUUCUGGGGUCGGACGAGAGGGCGCGGGCAUCGCGGAGCCGCUCACCGCGAUGACGAGGGCAAAGCGUGUCGGACUCGGUGCAUUCGGCGCCGAGCGUUAG